CGCGCUGCGGCGAGAGCGCCGCCUGAGCGAGGGCUCCGCGGGGCUUCAGGGUCUCGGGAACCCUGGGGGGAGCCCUGCCGCCACCUCUGGGAAGGACGGGAGCCCCGCGUGGCGGACACUGCAGCAUACGCGGGACUGAAGCCUCGUCCGGCGGCACGUUGGGCGCUCUUGGCCCUCGGCGCCUUGCCCGGUGCGCGGCGACUGGCGCACCGCGGGAACCAGAGCCGGGCUGGCUAGAGGGGCGUGUGUGUGCGCGUGUUCGAUUGGAGAUUCGGCCAGAGCAGGACCGGGCGGACCUCAGCAGCCAUGCUUCCUGGGGUGGGCGUGUUCGGCACCAGCCUCACGGCCCGUGUCAUCAUCCCGCUGCUGAAAGACGAAGGGUUCGCAGUGAAGGCGCUGUGGGGUCGCACGCAGGAAGAAGCAGAGGAGUUGGCCAAGGAGAUGAGCGUCCCCUUCUAUACCAGCCGCAUCGACGAGGUGCUGCUGCACCAGGACGUGGACUUGGUGUGCAUCAACCUGCCACCGCCCCUUACCAGACAAAUCGCUGUCAAAACCCUGGGUAUAGGCAAGAAUGUUAUCUGUGACCGCACAGCGACACCCCUAGAUGCCUUCCGCAUGAUGUCAGCUGCACACUACUACCCCAAACUCAUGAGCAUCAUGGGCAACGUGCUGCGCUUUCUGCCGGCUUUUGUGCGCAUGAAGCAGCUCAUCGAGGAGGGCUUCGUGGGUGAACUGCUGGUGUGCGAGGUGCAGGUUCACAGUGGCAGCCUGCUAGGCAAGAAGUACAACUGGAGCUGCGAUGACCUGAUGGGUGGCGGUGGCCUGCACUCGGUGGGCACCUACAUCAUCGACCUGCUUACCUUCCUUACUGGCCAGAAGGCUGUCAAGGUCCAUGGGCUGCUCAAGACCUUCGUGAAGCAGACUGACCACAUCAAGGGUAUCCGCCAGAUCACCAGCGACGACUUCUGCACCUUCCAGAUGGUGCUGGAGGGUGGGGUGUGCUGCACUGUUACCCUCAACUUCAAUGUGCCGGGUGAGUUCAAGCAGGAUGUGACCGUGGUGGGUUCUGCUGGGCGCCUGCUGGUGGUGAGCACAGACCUAUAUGGGCAGCGCAACAGUGCCCCAGAGCAGGAGCUGCUGCUGCAGGAUGCCACGCCAGUUAGCAACUCUCUGCUGCCAGAGAAGGCCUUCAGCGACAUCCCCUCACCCUACCUCCGAGGCACCAUUAAGAUGAUGCAGGCCGUGCGUCAGGCCUUCCAGGACCAGGAUGAUCGACGCACAUGGGAUGGGCGGCCACUCACCAUGGCUGCCACCUUCGACGACUGCUUGUACGCCCUAUGUGUAGUGGACACCAUCAAACGGUCCAGCCAGACUGGCGAGUGGCAGAACAUUGCCAUCAUGACUGAGGAACCAGAGCUGAGUCCGGCCUAUCUGAUCAGCGAGGCCAUGCGUCGCAGCAGGAUGUCUCUGUAUUGUUAGCACAGAGUGGGCCUAGGUGAUGAGAGAGGCUUGAAGAAGCUGUGGCCUCGAGGAAAGUGAGGGUGAGACUGGGGAGGGUGUAAGCAGUGUAGUAAAUGUUCUGGGAAAGAGCUUAGCUCAGGUGAGAGGCCCCUAACAAGACUGUUACAGAGAUCUUCUCUGCUGCCAUCUGUGUGAGGGAGGUUUAGCUGACUCCAUGGCAGCUACUGUGAGAAGCAAGGAUGGCUUUCCUCCCAACUUCAUACCCCAACCACAUACAUGCUCCUGUGUGGUCAAGGUCGAGGCACUGUAUCUGAUGGCAAAGUCGUGGAUAUUGGCCUUGCUGUCACUGACUCCUGGUGGGAGGCAAGCCAUUGCUUAUCUACAUAAGCCUGUGAGUCUAGGGGAAAUUGGGGCAUUACAGUGGGCUCCUGAGAAAGUUCAAAUCCCAGGAAGCCACUUAAUGUGUCUGAAGAAAAAGAGUACGUGGUAGUAAAGUAUACAGCUUUCUUGAUUGAUUGGUCUUCCUCAGAGGAAGCACUGGGAAAUGUCUCAUUAAUUGGUUGGUUCUUAUCCCUUCAGCUGGCCUGAGAAGGGAUAAGAGAGUGCCAGGAAGAGUGAGCAGAGAGAAGUAUUCCUUAAGCCAAAGGAGAGCACAUGCUGCAUCUAGACAGAUGAGGCAGAGAAUAAAAUAGUCCUUUGAAUUUGUCCACAAUUUAAAAGACCUGUAAAAUCACCCUUACAACAGUAUUUCUGAUGGAGUGGAAUUGAGUGUUGAGGUGGUCCUUCCACAAGGCUGCCCAGGCAGGGUCAAGAACACAGAAGGAGGUAUGGUUUGCUGGAAACCUCCCCCCCCCCAUAAGACCAUUUAAGUGUGUGUUAAGCAACUACAGAAUACUAAAUAAAAAGUUUGGCCAAAACCAAAAAAA